GACCCCGUCAAGCUCCCGGAUUUCCGCUAGAUUUGGUCUGUUUGCAAAAUUUUUUUUUUAAAAAUAACAGCACGAUGGUUAGUAUUUUCAAUAUCUAAGAGAAUUGUGCAAUGAAAUAUAGUAUAAAGUUUGAAAUGGUUAGUUAUUAUGGUUAAAUCAACGAUCCAAUUAGAAAAUAAUAUCAAUAUUUUGUAGAAUGACAUCUUCAUCUUUCAUGAUGUAUUCAUUAUACAUUGUUUGGGUGUUUUGCGUACAUUUAUUAGGAAUCAUUUGGAAAUUCCUAACCGUUCUUUAAUAACAUUUACUGUAUAAUAAUAAUUCGUAUAGGCAAUAAAUUAGAAUUAAUGCAAUAGAAAUAGAUUUUUAUAAUAAUGAUACAAACAUCUAAGGAAUGGGAAAAAUUUAGUAUACAUGCAAAUGAAGGAUCUACUAUAUACAUAUAUAUAUAUAUAUAUAUUAGAGUAUUUUAUAAUUGAUAUUACAAAGUAGCAUUGGCAAUUUAUUUAGUAUUAUAGUUUUUUGCUAAAUACAUUGAAUUUCUUGAAGUCAAUGUCCUGUGAGUUAUUUGAUAAUAUAUAAAAAGAUUGCGUGCUUAUAUGCGUGUAUACUAUGUAUCUACAACUAUCUAUAUACAUAUACAUAAAUGCAUAAUAUACAUGUACGAUAUAACAAUAAUAUAUAAAUUUGUCAAUCGUUUUUAUAAAUGCUUAUACCAUCGAUUUUCAGGGAAACGACAUUUCAUUACCGUUGGAACUUUGCUCAACGUUUGAUCCAGAUGAAAUAAAACGAUUAGGAAAACGAUUUAAGAAGUUAGAUUUGGAUAAUUCUGGAUCUUUGAGUGUAGAAGAGUUUAUGUCAUUACCAGAGCUUCAGCAAAAUCCGCUAGUUCAGCGAGUGAUUGAUAUCUUCGAUACAGAUGGCAAUGGUGAAGUUGAUUUUAAAGAAUUCAUAGAAGGAAUGUCACAGUUCUCGGUUAAAGGUGACAAGGAAUCCAAAUUAAGAGUUGCCUUUAAGAUAUAUGAUAUGGAUAAGGAUGGCUAUAUCUCUAAUGGUGAAUUAUUUCAAGUACUUAAGAUGAUGGUUGGUUCGAAUUUGAAAGAUGCACAACUGCAGCAAAUAGUAGACAAAACUAUUAUUUACGCUGACUCGGAUGGAGACGGUAAAAUUUCGUUCGAAGAAUUUUGUGGAGUUGUUGGAAAUUUGGAUGUACAUAAGAAAAUGGUUAUCGAUAUAUAAUGCCAUCAAAAAUUCGUUUAUUACGAUCUUUUCUAUAGACUAUGUAUGUUUUUAUUAAUUAAUUUUUAAAUUUUUGUUGAUAAUUUGUAAUUUCUCGGGCGCAGAACAGUGCUGCUUUAUCCUCUUUUUUCUAGUCAUGCAAAACAUUUAAAAAAAUAAUGCCCUCUUGUCACAAGUGUGUGAUUGGUGUGCGCAUUCGUACGUAGUUGCGGUGUUCCUCUAGUUGUCGUCUAUCUUUAGAAAUAUGAAAAGUUUUUAUGGAUUUUUCUCCAAUUUAUCCUAAACUAUUUGUUAACGAUAUUUAUGGCGAUAGAGAAUUGUUCAAGAAAAAAGAAAGUGUUUAUAAUUUGGCGACUUAAUCGCUCCCUGUUCUUUCUCUCUUUUAUUCUCUUAUCCUAAUAUCUCUUUUUCUCAUUGAAUCCUGUAUUCACUUAUUCAUCCUCUUCAUUUCUCCUUCCUCUCUCUCUUCUCUCUUCUCUCUCUUCCUACCAUCAAAAGAAAUAUUACUUCAAAACUACAAGAAAAUAUGCAAAUAAUAUAAAAAGUAUAUAUUAUGUACAGAUUUGUACAGACAAAAAUUCUUGUUCUAUGUUCUAGAAAAGAAAGCAGUUGUUGAGGGAAGAAAAAGCAGAUGUUUCUCCCUCUUUUAACAUUUUAAAUAGACGAAAAUUAUAAUCAUUUUACAUGCAUUGAUAAUUUUCAGAUAGUGUUUGAAUUUAUGCUUGUGUCGUAAGUUUUUCUGUAUUAAUUUAUUAAUUUGUCUUUUUUUUCUCCCGUUAUAAAUAGCUAACAGUCUCCUAGCAAAUAUCUAUACAAUAUAUAUUUAUUAUAUAAUAAUAUGUAUGCUUUUCCAUGUCGUUAAACGUUAUUUUUUCCUGGUGUCAAAUACAU